AACAAAACAUGUCGGAAGAUACAAAGAAUUCGGAUUUAAAACCUAAAUCUGAAAAUAAUGAUAAUUCGAAUCAAGGAGGAGGAGGAGGUGGUGGUGGUGGUGGACCACCAGGACGUGGUGGUCGUGGUGGACGACGAGGCGGCGGCAUCGGAGGCAAUAACCGAUUUUCCGGUGGACGCGGUGGAGGAAUGGGCGGUGGUAUGGGAGGAAUGGGAGGCGGCAGAAACAUGGAUGGAAAUAUGAAAAUGAGUGAAUCCAUGAUGGAGGAAAAUAUGGAAGGAGGAGGAAUGGACCGUGGUGGUCAAAUGGGUGGAAUGGGGGGAGGAAUGGGACGUGGUGGAGGUAUGCGAGGAAGAGGUCGCGGUGGCGGCGGUCCCGGAGGUCCAGGAAGAGGAGGAAUGGGAAAUAUGAUGUCACAGGAUGACCGUUUAUUGGAACGAGUAAUGAGCAUAAGUGGUCCAACACACGAAUUACCGCCCCAGGAUUGUACAGAAAAGAAAUUCAACGGCAGAAAUCGUCUUUACAUUGGUAAUUUAACUAAUGACGUGACCGAAGAUGAAAUGAAGGAAAUGUUCGCUCCACAUGGCGAAGUUUCGGAAAUUUUCAUCAAUAAGGAGAAAAAUUUUGCCUUCUUAAAAAUGGAUUAUCGAUUAAAUGCGGAAAAAGCAAAGCAUGAAUUAGACGGCAGUCAGAGGAAGGGUCGCGCCCUUAAGGUUCGUUUUGCCCCCAGUUCCAGUGCGGUGAAAGUAAAGAAUCUAACGCCCUGGGUGUCCAAUGAAUUAUUGGAAAAAGCAUUCAGUGUUUUUGGUGAUCUCGAGCGAGCUAUUGUUAUUGUUGACGAGAGGGGAAAAUCCACUGGCGAGGGAAUCGUUGAAUUCUGCCGUAAACAGAGUGCACAAACAGCUUUGAGAAAAUGCAACGAUGGAUGCUACUUUUUAACAGCAUCGUUACGUCCGGUUGUUGUGGAACCUUUCGAGCAGCAGGACGAUAUCGAUGGCUAUCCGGAUAAAAAUUUACCAAAGAAAAAUCCGGAAUUUUAUAAAGCGCGCGAAGCUGGACCUCGUUUUGCUCAAAUUGGCAGUUUUGAACACGAAUACGGAACAAAAUGGAAGCAAUUACACGAAUUGUGUAAGCAGAAGGAGGUGGCUUUGAAACGUGAAAUGGUGAUGGAGGAGGAGAAACUUGAGGCGCAAAUGGAAUUCGCGCGUUAUGAACAUGAGACUGAAAUGUUGCGAGAACAAUUAAGAUUAAGAGAAGCCGAUCGCGAUAGACAAAAGCGUGAAUACGAAAUGAAGGAAAGACAAGUCGAGGAAGUUCGUACACGUGAGGAAGAGCAAAGACGGCGUCAACAAGAAGAAAUGACGAGUCGUAUCAGGAGACAAGAGGAGGAGCUUCACAGAAGACAACAGGAAAAUAAUUUGUUCAUGCAAGAACAAGCAAUGAGAGGAAGCGGUGGUGGAGGUGGAGUAAAAAAUUACGAUUCAAUCGGAAACAAUGACCGUGAAGGCUAUGGAACGACUGAUGGUGGAAACAACAUGCCAAUGGACCCAAAAUCUUUUAUGGAACAGUAUAACAAUAUGGAUCGUGGUGGUGGCGGCGCACGGGGGGGUUUCGACGAUCGGGGACAAAUAAUGGACUUAAUGGAUAUGAGGGUUGAUAUGGGAGGAAGUGGUGGGGGUGGAGGAGGAGGAAUGGGAGGUGGCGGUGGAAAUAACCGCGGAGGUGGAGGCGGCGGUGGCCGUUGGCAGGGUGGAAACGAUCGUAAUCGUCAAGACGAUUUUCCCAAUAAGAGAAGACGUUAUUAAAAAAAGAGAACUUGUCUUUUUAACGAAAGAAAAAAACCAGAAAUAUGAAGAUUUUUUUUAUCUUCUCAAUGAAACAUUUAAUCGAACUUUCCCCGAUUAUCAUUAUUCUCUUACUCAGUAUUUUGUACUACUUGUGAGAGAGAAAAAAAGAGAGAGAUAUAAACGAGAUUUUUUUUCUUACAAGGGGGGUGAAAUUCUUUUUUUAAUAUUCAAGAUACUUCCGAUGAACAAUCAUUACAAGUAUCAAUCAAAAAAAAAAUUGAACACCACUGACUUUUAGUGAAAUUUUUUGAUUUAAAAAUUAAAAAACUUAUUUAAUUAAGUUAAAUUUAAAUCUAAGUCUUCUUGGCAAAUUCCUCGCUUCUGAGACCAAAUGAUUUUAUUCUUUGGUUUAGUGGAUUUUCUUCUUUAUAUUCUUAAGACGAUAAUUUUGCUUUAUUGUUUUAUAUAAUUGCGUCUAACAAUUUAUAAAAAAAACAGCUAUUUAAUGAUAUUAAUUAACAGAAAUAUUUUACUUCACUGAAUGGUAAAAUAUCAAUUUUUUACAUGUAGAAUAAUAAUUCUCUGGUUUUACUGAAAUACGUUUUCAAUAUUUAGGGAUCAAAUGUAUAGUUUAAUUUUGUUUUGUAUUAAGUAUUUAAAAAAAAAACAUUAAAACCCUUUACAAGUAAGAUUAAAUGUGAAUAAUAUUGUAGCACAAAAUUUAAUAGUGCUACUUGUUUCCUCCAUGUGACAAUUUUAGAUUAAUUCGUUUUAUUAAUAAAGACAUAAAUUAAAUAUUUAUGGAA